UACUAUCUUGUCAACUUUGUGUGAUUACACGCAGGUGAAUGAUAAACAAGUUUCAUACGUUAAUGUCACAGUGGUGGUUUUGACUGAAAAACUGUGGUGAGGAAGUAACUAUCGGGAUUAUUAUUCCUGGUGUGGAUUGUAAAGGUUUUUGCUAGUUAAAGGAAACAAUGAAAAUCAUCGCUGUUUUCUUCACUGUGAUCUGCGUGUUAGUUUUGGGCAUUCUUUGUCAAUUAUCAACAUAUCAAUCACGAUAUCGCCCAGACUGCGAAUAUAAACAAUGCAUGAAGCCUAUUAGACAGCAUGGCAACUGUCCUCGAUGGGGGUCCUGCCAAUGGUACUGUCAAGCAAAGCUUGCUAACUGCACAGUUGGAACCAGAUAUCACUGUGCUCGAGACCUGCGUAAACUGGAACAGUUCACAAGUGCUUGCGCUGUAGAAAUAUUUUGUUUGUCAGGCGAAGAACCUUAUUUAUCAGUUCAAGAAUCAACAGGUAAAGCAACUGUGAAUUGUCGGCCAUGUUACAAGAAAAACGUGUACAACAGUCGCCACAACACUUCAUCGGCCACGUUCAGUGAAUGUCACAUGUUGAAGAAAAACCUUUGUAAAAAGCAGGACAACAAGAUAGACUGUGGAAAUCAAAAUUAUACGGAACUGACGAUGACCGACGGUUAUUGUCGAUGUGAUGCAAGAAAUGGGUAUGCUGCGCGGUCACAAAAAAUGUGUUUUUAUGAAUAUGAAGUCUGCUUCGUGAAGAAAUGUCCAGAAGGCAUGGAGCUGUUAUUAAAUUACACAUGUGGUAUGCUAUGCCCUACUGGAUAUACGAGACAACCAGAAUCAGAUAUAUGUACAGAGGUGUCAUUAACACGACCUUUUAGCUCCGACAGACCUGAACUUAAUUUAACCGACGUACAAACAACUUCUAUAAGAACAUUAGAUGCACCAUCAACAAAUGAGCAACUUUAUAAGCAGAUCAUCAUACCGAUUUGUCUCUCUGUGGUAGUAUUUGUGUUCGUAAUAGUUACAAUACUAUUCAGAAGGCAGUUAAAAGACUAUAAGCAUCGCAUAUUGUCUUUGCUUUGGCGACAGAAAAGUAAAGUUCGUCAGCCAGAAAAAGGAUCCAAAUCGCAGAUUACAAACGACACGGGGGGGAAAGCGACAGCAAACCGUGAUAAAACAUAUCCAGCAAAUGCAACGGCGUCUCCCGCUAUUCCUAUGGAUAGAGACAGUGGUGCAUCGUUCACCGCGACGGCCGUAACUGAACCCAGCGACAGCCCUGGCGUGGGUCCAAUGAAAGAUAAAGGAGAAUCCAAACCAACUGCGAUAGAAACACCUGAAAACAAAAACACUUCAGAAGAAAUACAGUUGCAAACAAUUAGGCCGAACGUGGAAAAGCCAGAAAACUUGGCCUUAAAUUCUACCAUAUCCAAUCCAGAAAAGUUGAAAAUUGUCACUGAUCAUUUUGGCAAAGGUGUCCCAGAUACUGACACUCAGACGAAGAUCACGAGCGGAAAGACUGUGCCAGACUCACAUAGACCUAGAGAAGCACAAAGAUCUGAAUCGCAGAUUACAAACGACACAGAUGGUAAAGGGACAACAAACCGUGAGAAUACAUCUCCAGCAAAUGCAACGUCGUCUCCCGCUAUUCCUGUGGAUGGAGACAGUGGUGCACAAGUCACCGCGACGGCCGUAAUUGAAACCAAAGACAUCCCUGGCGUGGGUCCUAUGGAAGAUAAAGUAGAAUCCGAACCGAUUGCGAUAGCAACACCUAAAAACCAAAACACUUCAGCUGCUAUUCCUGUGGAUGGAGACAGUGGUGAACAAGUCACCGCGACGGCCGUAAUUGAAACCCAACACAUCCCUGCCGCUAUUCCUGUGGAUGGAGACAGUGGUGCACAAGUCACCGCGACGGCCGUAAUUGAAACCCAACACAUCUCUGCCGCUUUUCCUGUGGAUGGAGACAGUGGUGCACAAGUUACCACGACGGCCGUAAUUGAAACCCAAGACAUCCUUGCCGCUAUUCCUGUGGAUGGAGACAGUGGUGCACAAGUCACCGCGACGGCCGUAAUUAAAACCCAAGACGUCCCUGCCGCUAUUCCUGUGGAUGGAGACAGUGGUGCACAAGUCACCCCGACGGCCGUAAUUGAAACCCAAGACAUCCCUGAUAAAGUAGAAUCCAAACCAACUGCAACAGCAACACCUGAAAACAAAAACACUUCAGCCGCUAUUCCUGUGGAUGGAGACAGUGGUGCACAACUCACCGCGACGGCCGUAAUUGAAACCCAAGACAUCCCUGGCGCGGGUCCUAUGAAAGAUAAAGUAGAAUCCAAACCAAAUGCGACAGCAACACCUGAAAACAAAAACACUUCAGUCCGUGCUAAACCUUCACACGACAUCUCUACCGCAGAAUCGGACAACGAAGGUUUGCCUUUGCAGAAAUGGUGUGCGGAUGUGUACCGACGUUUUCCUCGGGAAGGGUUCAUCGACAUAGGCACCUUUGAGUUCGAUAAUUUAAAGGAUCGGACCAUUAUUGAACUAACCUCGUGGCCAACGAUUCAUGCAAUACAUAUCGACGGAUGUGUGCCAUAUGCAAUAUCUGGAAAGAACAUCACCAAUCUAUACGAACUUUUUAGUCAUCUUAUUUGCGGAAGCGAUCAAUUGAAGUACACCCUUCAAUGUGCCGCUGCAAGUUUGGGAAUUAAAUAUUUUGGAAUAUAUCGUAAAAGGUUAACAGAAGCGUUUAUACAAUCCACAGUCCAAUUUAUUGACGCUAAAAUAUUCUUCGAAAUGCACGGCAUCUACAUUGAAGAAUUUCAACUGACUGAGGAAAGUGUAUCCCGAAAUCUGGACAAGCUUUUACAAGAAAUAUUCGUUACUGAAAUUACUGGUCCUUUUCAUGCCGAAUUAUUGAGUGGCGUUUUGGACUGCAACAUCAUCCAGCAUUUUGAGAAUAAUCGUUAUUACGAUCGAGAUGUGAGGACGAUACUAGGCCUCAAUGUAUAUGUGGAAUCCAGACACCGAGAACUGCACAUUUACUGGGGAAAGUUAGCUAAAAAUGCACAUCGUUAUUGUUUGAUCCCAUUGUUUGAAAAAGAAUACCAAACACCUACCCAAAACACCAACAUUUCUCAAAUAAAGAAGAUAGAAAUAGACAGUCAUAAUUGUAUUGGAGCAAAAAUAGCAGAACAGAAAUCGUUCUACUGGAGAACAGAGUUUAAAAUAUUUAUACAAUCACAGAAUGUUGUGUUUGACGAGCUAAGAUACAUUGACAUACUUAAACCUGAUUGUGUUAUGAUAACAAUCGAUGUCCAUGGAUUCAAAUCAUAUGAAAAGCCUAAUGGUGAAUUCUGCUCUGUCUACGAGUUGAUAAGCCACUUGCUGAGUGGAGAUAACUGCUUUAUGUUCAUUUUACGACUAGCCGCAGCACGAUAUGCAAAGACGCACUUUGAAAGAUAUGUUACAGAGCUAGCAAAUACCUUUGAUAACUGCUUCGAAGCGAAUGUCUUUUUUAAAGCCCAUGGCAUUACACUGAACGAACAUAUGAAAUGGCCAGUGCACAAGAUGGAGUGUGUGCGUGAUGCAUUUGACAGAUUAGUGCGUGAAGCAGUUAACGAAGGGAAAGGCAAUGCACCGUUUUACAUAGAAUUUUUGAGUGGUGUCUUAAAUCGAAAAAUACACCAGCACUUUGAGGAGAAAACAUACGACGGUCGAAAAGUGGAUACAAUAGCCGGUCUGAACGUGAGCUUAACAACUGAUGAUUCCAGUGAUCGAAAACUGCACGUUUACUGGAUGAAGUCGAAGGAUCGUGUAAAAAAAACGUCGUACUGGAUAUUCCCCCUCUUUGAAUGUAUUCCAAAUUGCCCUGGAAUGGAACUUUGUGAGGGAAUCUACGCAUGUUUGAAGAAUGAAAACGUAUUUGAAGAAAACACAUGUUUAGAUAUGAUAAACACACCUAAUAUAUUUGAAUUUGAUAAGCUGAAAGAAAUUGGCAUAAUUAAACCGGACACGAUUUCGAUGCGGACCAUAGAAACAAUCCAAGUGGAGGGAUUUACUGCCUAUGAGAUACCUGGUGAAGAAACCUCGUGCAUAUAUGAGUUCAUGAGUUAUCUUCUCUUUGAAAAUGCAGACAUGAAAUACAUCAUGCGUUUAGCUGCGAUGCGUUACGCUCUACAAAACUUUAGGAGAUAUGUGGACAAAUUGACAGGUGAGUUUGAAAAGGAUAAAUCCGUCAGCUCCAGAGUUAACGGCGCCAAACUCUUUUUUGAAAUGCAUAGCAUUGAGUUUAAAAAAACUAAGUCGUUAUUGAUGGAAAAGUGUGUUCUUACGCCAUUUACUGAUCUUGUGCGUCAAAUUGCCAAUACAGGACAAGGACCGUUUUACGUGGAGUUUUUGCGUGGUGCAUUAAACUGCAAAAUUAAGCAAUUCAUCGAUUUGAGCUUGUACAAACGACGUCCUUCGACAAUACCCGGUUGUACUGUUACCUUGACAACCAGUUCAUCACCUGAACGAGCACUGCAUAUUUACCGGGUGAAAACUUUCAGAGGUGGUCUAUCAAACCAUUAUAAAAUUGUACCUCUGUUUUAAAACGAGGAUCCCCGUGAAAGUGCUAUUUAAUAAAUGGUACGAUGGACACAAAUUUAAGGUACCUGCAGUUUUUGCGUAUUAAACUAUUACUUUAUUGGACAUUUCGUUUGGUAUCAGGAAAAUGAAGAACAGCCAACGCAAUGUGAAGACGUUUGAACUUAUGUACUAAGAUUUUUUUUGCUUAAAUGGAUGCCUAUGAUGGUCUUAAUAUAACAUGUUUAUAUGUAUUUUAUCAAUCAUAAUUAUAUCAAUUAAUAACGUCACGGAGAUAAUGAGCAGACCUGUAGCAAGUAGAAAAUUUAUAAUUUGUGUCAUUUCAGGGGCCUUUUCAUAUUUUGGUAACUUGACACAAUUAAAAAAAGUUUUAGAUUCGCACAUUUUCGUUAUAGUUAUGAUAUUUAAGAUCAAACAGUAAUACUUAAUAUUUAACAUGCUCUAAAAUAGCCAUUAAAUGCAUCAUUUAACGAUUUAAAAACCUGAAAAUUAUAAAGCGUUGCAACGCGAAACGAUUGAAUUAUUUGAAUAAUUUGGAGAGUUCUGUUGUUGUCGUUAUAUUUUGUGAAACUACGAGGAUUGCUUUUAUAAAGUGUAAAAUACAUGCCUCAUUGUAUGAGAACGUUUGGCCGAGUGGUCUAAGUGGGUAGAUUUUUACAACAGGACUCCAGGGGUAAGUGGUUCGAGCCCUGAUGAGGGUUAGAUUUUUUUCUUUUUAAAAUUUUAUUCUUGAUUUUUUUACCGGAGCUUUUUAGAUCAAAUGUUUACAUUUAUCAAUAUAAUGCAUUUAAUGACAAACUCCAAUACAUGCCAAAAUCUGUGAAAAGGCCCCUUUAAGUCAUUUGACUUUUAUUGCUGCGAUUGACACAGUUUUUAAAGAAUAAUGAUUACAAUAUCUGUGAAGAUAAGCCAUGUUAAUCAAUUUCUUUUCACUGCUGGUGUGUGUACCAGUGCACUUGAUGAAAACGGUUCAAUCAGUCGACUAGAUAUUGUUAAUGGUUUUACAUAUGUUUUUUAAAAUAAAGACUGUCUAAGUUAAACAUGGCUGAGACUAUGUCUACCAAGGCUCAGAAGGUUCUUAUAUGUAUUUUAAACUCUUUUCAACAUGUAUCCUGUUGGCCAUUUAAAACUUUUUUCAAGAUAUUUGACUCGAAGAUUGCAUCUGUAAUGUUAUAUGGCUCAAAACAAUGGGGUCUAAAACACCCACAUUGUUUAGAAUCAUUGCAAAUAUAUGCAUGUUAAAGAUUGUUGAAUGUAAUUACAACAGCAUGUAAUGGUGCCAUACUGGGAGAUACCGGUAGAUUCCCUAUGCAUAUCUAUUCAUAUAAACGUUGUGUUAAAUGUUGGUUACGAUCAUUAAAUCUAACCAUAUAUAGAUAUCCCAGGCUAUGCUAUGAAAUCCGUAUGUACUUUGAUAAUCUAGGCUUCAAUACAUGCGCUAGUGAUGUUAGGCUAAACUUAUAUAGAAAUGGUUUUGGUUAUGUCUUGGAAGAGCAAAAUGUUAUAAACCCUAAACUGUUUUAAUUACAAUAUGAACAAAAGCUGAAAGAUGAAGCUAUGCAAAAUUGGGAUGCUAGGUGAAGAGAGAACAGCAAAUUGUGCCAUUAUAUUAUGUUUAAACAGUGUUUUGAAUUGGAAAAGUAUAUAACUUUUAUAUAUAUUAACAAGUUUAGACAAUGUUUUGCAAAUUUCCGAAGUUAAUCACACAACCUCAUGAUAGAAAAGGGAAGAUAUUUUAAUAUAGAUAAAGAAUUUCGUGUAUGUAUAUAUUGUCAAACACUCAUCGAAGAUGAGUAUCAUUUUAUGUUGAUAUGUCCUCUGUAUGCUAAUCUUCGUUGUAUGUAUAUACCAUUGUACUAUUUUCAACAUCCAACUGUAGAGAAAUUCUAUAAUUUGAUGUCUACUGAAAAUGAAAAGUCAAUACGAAACAUUGCUAUGUAUAUAUAUACAGUCAAGUUACCAUUACCGAAUCAGUAGCGUAAUAAAGUUGUUCUGGUGAAAAGCAAUAAAUGUUUUGAGACUUC